AGCCGAAAGGAGAUUAGCCAAGUAGACUCAGAGACGCAGAGCUAACGCCUCCCCUGGACAGUAGCUAGACAGAAAACGGAAAGCCAAUAAAAGAGAGAGAGAGAGACAGACAAGGCGAAGGACGAGAGGAGCUGCUACAGUAUGGGGGAGAGCUACAUGUACCAGAAACUCCCCUACACCAGAGGAGAGGAGGAGGGGGAGGAUGAGGACGAAGAGGAGCGAGACGGGAGGAUCAGAGAAAGUGUCGGGGGACAAAUGAUGCAGUGUGAGGAGGGCACCGAGUGGCUGCUGGAGUUGCUGACAGAUGUGCAGCUGCAGCAGUACUUACUGCGGAUCCGUGAUGAGCUCAACGUCACACGACUAUCCCACUUCGACUACGUCAAGAAUGAAGACCUGGAGAAGAUCGGCAUGGGACGCCCAGGUCAGAGGAGGCUUUGGGAGGCAGUGAAGAGGAGAAGAGCCCUUUAUAAACGCAAGUCCUGGAUGAGCAAGGUGUUUCCAGUGAAACGUCCCGACACUGACCCCCAGCAGCCCGUCCCUCAGGGGGCGUCGUCCAGCGCGGCACCAGCCAGUAGCGAGCCGGGAGCCUCGCUCACCUGCCUGAUCAGAGAGUCGGAGCUGCAGCUGUUCGAGCGGCUGGGAGAUGGCACGUUCGGGGUGGUCCGGAGAGGAGAGUGGACCGGGCCCAACGGCAGAGUGUUGUCAGUGGCAGUGAAGUGUCUGAAGGCAGGCGUGCUGGAUUCAGACGGUCUGGAUGAUUUCAUCAGAGAGGUGAACGCCAUGCAUUCGCUGAGUCACCAGAACCUCAUCCGCCUGUACGGCAUCGUCCUCACACAGCCAAUGAAGAUGGUGGUUGAGCUGGCCCCUCUGGGUUCCCUGCUGGAUCGUCUGAGAAAGCGUCAGGGUCACAUCCUCAUCUCCUUUCUGUGCAACUACGCUGUGCAGGUGGCGUGCGGCAUGGCCUACCUGGAGCAGAGGCGUUUCCUCCACAGGGACCUGGCUGCACGUAACGUUCUGCUGUCCACCAAUGAAACAGUGAAGAUCGGAGACUUUGGCCUGAUGAGGGCGCUGCCAACACACGACCAAUACAUCAUGGAGGAGGGCCACAAAAUCCCUUUCCCGUGGUGUGCUCCAGAGUCUCUGAAGUCUCGCACUUUCUCCCACGCGUCUGACACCUGGAUGUUUGGGGUCACACUGUGGGAGAUGUUCACCCACGGACAGGAGCCGUGGCUGGGCCUUAAUGGGAGCCAGAUUCUCCACAAGGUGGACGUGGAGGCAGAGAGGCUGUGUAAACCAGACGACUGUCCUCAGGACAUUUACAACGUCAUGCUGCAGUGCUGGAGCCCCAAACCCGAGGACAGGCCGACCUUUGUCGCCCUCAGAGACUUCCUGCUCGAGACCAUGCCUACAGAUAUGAGAGCGCUGCAGGACUUUGAGGAGGAAGGCAAGCUCCAGAUUAAAAUGAACGACAUCAUCACCAUAAUAGAGGGGAGGGCAGAGCACUACUGGUGGCGAGGUCAGAACAGGGGGACGCUGCGUGUCGGCCAGUUCCCUCGUCACGUGGUGACGUCUGUCGCCGGUCUCUCCGCACACGACAUCAGCCAUCCGCUCAAACACUCCUUCAUCCACACUGGACACGGAGACACGGACCCUCACAGGAGCUGGGGACAUGCAGAUCGCAUCGACAGUCUGUAUUUGGGGAAUCCCAUGGACCCACCUGAUGUCCUUGGGAUAGACUCGGGCAUCUCGAGGCCGACCAAACUCCCCAACCGUGCCAAGAAGCAACCUCCUCCUCGUCCGCCUCAGCCGGCCGUUCUGCUGAAGAAGCCGUUCUACGACUCUGUGAUGGACGAUGACGAAGACGAUGACGACCUCAGUGCCUCGUCUGGGCUGAAGAGGCUGGGAGUGUCCCUGGGUCUGAAGCUCCGGCCGUGGGAGGGGUCCGGGAUGCGCACGGCCAAAAGCGAGGUGUCGCUCAUCGACUUCACCGAUGACAGCUUCAGCUCGACCACGCCCUCGCCGCUCACUGAGACGAGGCAGCCAGAUGAGGACACACUGAAGGACACUCCGUCCAUCCUGGACUGGCCCCUUCCUCAGCCAGCUUACGACGAGGUUACCGCGGAGCUCGAGGACCAAUCAGAGGACCAGGAGGUGCGGUCUAUCAACAAGGGAUUGACUGAAGAGACCGCGGUAACGCCCGGCGCCACCAUGGCAGGCAGGAGCGAGUCGCAGUCAGCUGACCUCUUCCAAGAACUGCAGAGAGAGGUGAUGGUGAAGCUGCAGGUUCCCAUGGCAACGGGCCGCUCCCUCCCCUCCUCCCCUCUCCCGUUGCCCCUGGCUCCUUUGGGCCCCCACCGACAGAUCUGUCUGCCUCCUCCUUCCCCUUCAUCCACCUCCACCUGCUCCUUCGCCUCCUGCUUUGAGGACCGCCCGGUGUUGCCUCCUCGCAGCCCCGUCCCCCCGCUGCGUCCCUCUAGGCACAAUCUCUCCACCCGCACCAACCACCCGCAGGCGCGCUCCAGCUCCAUCUCCCUGGGUGACCCGGAAGACACGCCUCCACAGAUCCCACCCAGAGACCACGCCUUCUCUCAGCCGGGCUCCCGCUCCUCCUCUCCCCUCCCACUGGUGCCGCCACUCUCUUCCUCCCCCGUGACCCUGCCCCCUCCUCCCCUCUCCGUCUCCCCACGCCGGGCGUCCGGACUCCUGGGUCCCCUUCUGUCCUCCAACUCGUCCACCUCCUCCCUGCCUCAAGUCACAUCGCAUUCCUCACGGCUCGCAGCUCGUGGUUCCUCCUACGCAUCCAGCUCGUUAGUGGAUCCUUUGGCCUACCGUGAGGGGCGUGGCCUUUCCUCACUGAUUGACAGCCCCCAGAGCUCUGCUCACCCGCUGCCUGAACGCCCAGCUUUUCUGGAAAGAUACGGCGCAGCCAACAUGGCGGCAGUCAAACCCAUGAUGCAGCAGCCCGGUGGAGCCAAACCAAACUCCUCCUACAACAACAACAACGGGCGAACUGCAGCUCCCAGCGUGCAACAGGAGCAGAGCAUCACACAGGUCCAAGGAGCAGUUCACGGUGUCACGCUGGAGGAGUGUCAGGCAGCUCUGCAGAGUCACAACUGGAGCAUCCCUCAGGCCAUAAAUCAUUUGAAGGUGGAGCAGUUGUUUUGUCUGGGUCUGCGGUCGAGAGCCGAGUGUGAGGAGCUUCUGCAGCGCUGCCGCUGGAACCUGGAGGAGGCCAGCACGCUCAUGCUGGACACAUACGGACCACAUCGAAGCAUGAAGUGACAGCAGGAGGACACGCUGAGCGUCAAUCGACUGUUGAAGAGCUCCUUUGGAUCAACACGUCCGUAAUGGAUGACUCACCACUCCAUGGACUCGAGACACAGUGAUGCUUUUUAAUGAAUUGAGGGACAUAAGGCAGUAUAUGUGCCUCACAAUGUACUGUGAAUAUAACUACCUGUGUCAUACACAUGCAUGGUCAUAUUAGCAAACAGCAGCGUGUUGAAUGAGUCACACCAUUUACUUGAACAAUUGCUAUUUAUGCUUUUGUAUUAUUAUAUUAAUGUUGGGAAUUUAUGUUUCUGGGUCUGCUGUGAAUGCAUGCAUGUUCAGGUGUGUGAGUGUGUGUGUGUGUGUUCAUAAGCUUUUACAUUUAUUUACAAACACUGUAAAUGCCCAUGCCUUUUUGCUGUUAUUGAAAAGAUAUAAAAUCAGGGAAAUGUCUGCUGACGUAAUAGCUGUACUUGUAUGUUUUUAUGAAGAUGUACAGAUAAGAUUUGUGUGUGUAUAUAGCACUUUAAUGAGUGUGUCGACACACAAGCGGAUAUUUUUUAACUGCUGGUCAGAAGAUGAUAGACGACUUAUCUAGUCGGUGAAGUGAAUAAGAUACUGAAAUGGACUGAUAGCAAAUUAAGUAUUAUCAAUGUAUCAUUUGUGUUUCAAACAAAGCUUUUCUAGGCUUUAUAAAGGCUUUUAUUGUGAAAUGGUUAAUGGAUUGACAUUUAUAGUUCAGGUUUUCUUGCCAAAACAAAAUUGUGAAGAGAUCUACCAUUUCCUCAUGAAUACAGGGUAUUAGGCACUGAGUUGAACCUCUGAAAAUAAGAUAUUUAAUGGACCUAAAAUGGAUGUGUAGUAUUUCUUCCUAUAACAAUUACCGCUGCAUGAUAAUCAUAAACACAUGCUGAAGCCUUUGCUGUCAUUCAGUGUGUGCUUGUGUGCUUAGCGCUGCAGCUAGUGGUUCUAGAGAACUUGAUAGUGUGUAUGUUGGCGCAUAGAUGCAUAAAAGUUAUAAGCAGCUGAACGAAUAUAUAAAGACAAAACAAAAUGUUCAUUCUUGCAGCUACUGUGCAUGAUAAGGGGCUUCAGUUAAAGGUUGCUCUCUUGUCCGAGAUACAAUUUAGACAACAUUUUUAAAAGUGAGCAAAUUUCUGUACAAACAUUGUGGGCAAAAAAAUGGGAUUAUUUUCCUAUAUUUUUUCUAGUGCGUGAUCUUUCAGUUUGAGUGCAUGACUUAUUGAUUUCACAUUGUUAUGCUUCCCUUAAAACCCUGCCCUCGCACUCAAACAGACCCUGCUUGCGCUUAGAUUUGCUCUUCUCAAACCAUUUGCUUGCACUCAGAUAUGUUGUUCUUGCACAGAUUUCCUGUGCACCAGCUUCAGCUCUUCUCCUCGCGCUCAGGCUGUUUCUGUGUGCUUGUGAAACAUUUACUCUCAGAUUUCUACUCCGCUCUAGGACUGUUUGUGCAAUAACCCAGUCAAAAUCCCUCAGUAAAAGGCCAGGUGUAUUUUUGACCAGUGAAAUGAUCCCUGCCUCGUUGCUGGCAUGUUUGCUUUACAUCCUAGAGCGUCCCAUACGGGGCAGUUGCUUUCUUUACAACCUUUGCAGUACAAGCAUGGGUAUUACGUUGCUUGGCCAACCUGAAUCCCAUUUUAUUCCACAGCGGACCUUUAGUAGCAACCUGACAUCUGAGCUGGGCCAACAUGGCUCCUAUCCCUAUUUUCUAAUCCAAAAUCCGGCUUUCUUUUCCAAUGAUAUUUCUGUCAAAGGUAGCACAUAUUUAGGCAAUAAAGCAGGAAAAAACAGAUUAAAAACAAAAGUGUAGCGAUGUUUAAAGGAGCUGCCGGCUGCUUCAUCUACAUGCGCUGCCGGUAGUUUUACAAAAUCUAAACGUGAAAUCAAAAACUUAUGCUCUCAAAUUUGAAAGACCAAGUCCUUGAAUAAAUAAUCCCAUACAAAAAUGUUUUAAAAACACGUUAUUAUGUGUGUGGGUGUGUGUGAAAAAAUCCUCUCUCAUUCUCAGCUGUAAGCUCUUGUAGUCACGCCGCUGUAUGUGAUGUUGACUGCAUUAUACUGUAACAUUAGAGCAGCUUAUUAAUGAAACAUGCAAAUAUGGCCUCCACUGUUUUAUAAUAAAGUAAAAUUUGAGUAAUUCUCUUUUACAAACCAUAAAUGUAUUGAACAGCCAA